GCUUGCUAAAAAGUCUCUAAUUUUCUACUUCGAGGUAAUAGCCGGAGAUGUGAUUUCUUCUCCCACAUGUCGCGACAUCAUACCGAUUCCAUCUCAAACGGCAUGCAUUUCCCAUCACAGUCACACAAAAGGAUGACGAAAGGACGCUUUUAUCCGGCAAUGAGGGGUGAAUACUGUCGUGGCUAUGCGGAGAUCCUUGGUCAUAGUAUAGAGAACUUAGAAUGGAUGGAGAAUCGAUUACGAAAUCAUACACUGCCGGCAACUUGUUUGUUUGUUUGUUUGUUUGUUUUAUUAUUAACGACCAUAAGUAUCUAGUUAACUAGAUACACAAAUCCUCAUCUGGGCAAUAGGUCGGUAGGAGCCAGUUUCCGUCUUAAUCACCGCCACGUGGUCUUAUUCCUUCGAGACCGGCCUAGCUAGACAGCAAGCUUAUCAACCAAUAGCCGGAGGUGUUGACCCCUGUUCGCUACGUUUCAGUGUGAUA